AUUGUUCGCGGGAGGGAGGGGAAGGCCCAGGGAACCAAGCAGUGCUGCCGCCGCCGCUGCAGCCUGAGUUGGAGGAGGGAGAAGCCAGGAGGAAAAUGGCGGCUGUGGCUGCAGAGGCGGCAGCGACUGCAGCGUCCCCCGGGGAGGGGGGCGCAGGCGAGGCCGAGCCGGAGAUGGAGCCCAUCCCCGGCAGCGAGGCCGGUACUGACCCCCUCCCGGUCACGGCCACUGAAGCAUCUGUGCCGGACGGCGAGGCCGACGGGCAGCAGUCUUCCUCUCAGGCCGACGAGCCGCGGCUCCCGCCGCCGCCGCCACCGCCGGGGGAGCUCGCCCGCAGCCCAGAGGCGGCGGGGCCGGAGCUGGAGGCUGAGGAGAAGCUUCCCGCCCGGGCGGUGGAGCCGGCGGCUGCCGCACCCCAGGAACGACCCGACUUUUCGCCUUCCCCUGUACCGCCGCCCGAGCAGCCCUCGGCUCCCGAGGGGCGUCAGGAGCCGCCGCCGCCCCAGCCCGCAGCCCCGGCGCUCGUGCCGCCGGCGGGCGGGGACUCCGCCGUGUCGCAGCUGAUUCCCGGCUCGGAGGUGCGGGUCACGCUGGACCACAUCAUUGAGGACGCGCUUGUCGUGUCGUUCCGCCUCGGGGAGAAGCUCUUCUCCGGGGUCCUCAUGGAUCUGUCCAAAAGGUUUGGACCCCAUGGGAUCCCUGUGACAGUAUUUCCCAAAAGGGAAUAUAAGGAUAAACCCGAAGCCAUGCAGCUCCAAAGUAAUACAUUCCAAGAAGGGACAGAAGUCAAGCGUGAACUGAAUGGUGCUGUUCCGGAUGACCCCUCUCCCGGCCCCCGUCCCACACCGAGCCCGGCUGAAGGCCUGUGGACUUCCAAACCACCGCCCCUCUUCCACGAGGGAGCACCCUACCCUCCCCCCUUGUUUAUCAGGGACACGUAUAACCAGUCAAUACCUCAGCCUCCGCCUCGGAAAAUUAAGCGACCCAAACGGAAGAUGUACAGGGAAGAGCCAACUUCAAUGAUGAACGCAAUCAAACUACGACCCAGGCAGGUCCUGUGCGAUAAGUGUAAGAACAGUGUUGUUGCUGAAAAAAAGGAAAUCAGGAAAGGUAGUAGUGCAAGUGACUCUUCUAAAUAUGAAGAUAAAAAACGGAAAAGUGAAAGUAUAGCUACUGUGAACAAAAAACUGAAAACUGAACAUAAGGUGGAUGGGAAAAACCCAAACGAAAGCCAGAGAAGAAAUGCUGUGGUCAAGGUCUCAAGUAUUGCUCACAGCAGAGGCAGAGUAGUCAAGGUUUCUACUCAGGCAAACACUUCGAAAGCUCAGUUAAGUACUAAAAAAGUGCUCCAGAGUAAGAACAUGGAUCAUGCAAAGGCUCGGGAAGUGUUGAAAAUUGCCAAAGAAAAGGCGCAAAAGAAGCAAAGCGAAACCUCUACAUCUAAAAAUGCACAUUCAAAGGUCCAUUUUACACGGCGGUACCAGAAUCCUAGCUCAGGUUCCCUUCCACCCCGGGUUCGUUUAAAACCACAAAGGUACAGGAAUGAAGAAAAUGAUUCUUCUCUGAAGACAGGACUUGAGAAAAUGCGGAGCAGCAAGAUGGCGCCUAAACCCCAGUCUCGCUGCACCUCUACCCGCUCAGCAGCACAAAGACAUUAACAGACUGCUGGUUUCAUGGACCUGUACCACAAUGGCACAGAGAACACCAGAGCAUCAGGACUGAAUGAAAUUGGAGACUCAGAUUUUUAAAGCUGCACCAAGAAGUAAAUGUUAAGGCAGUGGUUAAAAGCAACCAUCUAUAAAGGGGCACUUGCAAAUUUUGCUAUAUUAAACUGAAGAAAAGGUAUUAGAGGAUAUUUUAUGAGAGACUACUGCAAUAAAUUAUGCAUAGAUGAGGAGAAAAGUGAUGACACACACAUAAAGAACUCAGAUUUUAUGUGUGAAGAGUCAUUGACAGUAACUUAUUUUGAAAGUGAAGUUCUUACCAGUAGUUUGGUCAGGCCUAAAAGGCAUGGGGUGAUGACUGAAAUGCUGAAUUAAUUCUCAUACUAAAACUUUGUGCUUUCUCCAAGGUCUAUGUUAAUCAGUUCGGAUAUAAGCAAAUGUAUUUCUAAAGUGGCUCUAUGAAACAGCAAUAGUCACAUAUGCCGAGGGCAGUUUCCUUCAGGAUGCCAGGAAGCAGCAGCAAAGAUGAUCUGACCUCCUAGUGAAGUAAGGGCAAAGUGCCCCACCCUACCCCACAAAGGAAAUUUGGAUCUUUUCUUUAAUAAAGCAGGGCUGUAUUCUUGAAUAUACAUUUGCUUGUUAGAAUAUACUAAGAUGUAUUUAUUUGCCACCAGUAUUUAACAUUGUGUGCACAUUUUCAUAACUACAUUGUUUCAAAUUCUUACUCAAAAUGGGUAGGCUAGUGUUGAUUUUGGAGUGAAAAUGUAUAUCCUAAGAGCUAGUUCCUAAUUCUGCUGAGCUGGAAAGGCUUUUAUUCUCCCUAUCCUUACUGAUUUUAUCUAACUCAGAAAGGGCGACAGUACCUGAAUUUUGAUGUGGACCUCUCUCCAUGGAGUGCCCCUCCUUCUAAGUGCAAGCAGAUCCCACAGGGGUCAGGUGGCACCUGACCCCAGGGAUCAAGCAACAGGAACAGACCCAUAAAGAUGGCGUCUAACUCUUCAUGCAUAGAGCAUGAAUUUGGAGACCGUAAUGUUUUUGUCUUUGGAAAAUAAAUAAAUGUGAAAACCCUUAACUUUUCUUUUAUAAUGAAUGGAGAAAACAUUGUGAAAAUGAAAUGAGCCUAUUAGUACUACAUUUUUAAGGCAUUUUAUAUUUGAUGGUGCCAUACUUUUAAUAGUAAAACUGAAGUUUUUUAGUGGCAAUACUGAUUUAUUUUUUAAGUGAGAAAGAUAAUCCACAUUGAUAACUUCAUACAAAAUAGGAAAAAAAUGCCAAAAAAUACAAAAAUACCAAAAGCAUUUGAAGCAACAAAACAGGUAACUGAGCAUUUGGCUCAAGUCAAACAUUCUGUAAUCUUAAUGUGUAGGUUUGGAAUUACUUAAUAACCCCACACUCGGGAUUAGCAAAAGGUUCUGGGUGAGUUUUAGAACAUUUAACAUACCUGAUGAGGAUUUGUUUUACAACUCAAAAAAAGGUGAGCAGUCUUGCUUCUAGUGAGCUUUGUUAAUACAAAUCCUAACUAGUUUUUUCAUUACAAGUUUUGAUCACAUUCUGAAAUUUUUGGGAAAAUUCUUUAUCAUGAAGUCAUUACACAUUUGAUCAAAUCUGAAAAAGUCCGCUCAGAAACUGUAGCAGCAGGGGGCUUCUAGAGGGUGAGUGUCCUUGAACAGUGCCCUGUGCUCUGUGGCCCUAGGGCAUGGGCUUGGUUCUGGUCUUUAAGACACCUGCCGCCAGCAGCAGUACUGUCCAGGUGCACUUUGAGAACCAGGGACCUCCAAGCCACUGUGGACUGUGUAAUCAAGAUUUUUAAUUAAGCUUCAGAAGUCUUUGCAUAGUGAUGGAAAUGAUCAAGAAGUAAUAAAAAGGCAAAAGAACUGGGAGAUAUCAGAUUUUAGGUAUUUAAAUAUUUUUCUCAUAAGUUCUCAAAGGUGUUUUGUAAUAAACUACUCAUUUUUUAAAAAGUGAAACUUGGUAUUUAAAAAACAUGCAUACCAUGUUGCUAAUUUCACUUCAUUGCUUGAGUUGCUUAAUAUUUAAGCUUUGCUUCAUGCUUUGUAUUUCAAAUCUUCACCAGCCUAUUUCAUUUUGUAGACUUGAAUGACAUAUUCUCAUCUAAAAUAUGCUGAAACUUACGUUAAAGAAUGUUGUGUAACGUUUAUUCAAUAAAGUUUUGAUCUUUUUAAAA